AUUGCGAUAGUAUAAAAACACAGAAAUUUUAUAAUUAUAGGUCAGUUAACAAUUAAAGGUACUAUAAUCAUGAAGGUCUUUGUAGUGCUUGCAUUAGCGUUAGCUUGCGUUUCAGCUGCUUCUAUACCCGAAACUCCAGUUUCUCUUAAGGACAUAAACAGCGCUAAAGUUAUUGAAGGUCGUAUCACCAAUGGAUAUGAAGCUUAUCCCGGUCUAUUUCCUUAUCAAGUUGGCUUAUUGCUAACAUCAGCACGUGGAACAGUUUGGUGUGGUGGUUCUUUAAUUGGCAGUGAAUGGGUAUUGACUGCUGCUCAUUGCACUGAUGGAGCGGAUUCUAUAACCGUUUAUUUGGGAAGCACUGUUCGCACUGUUGCCCAAGUUGUUCACACUGUUAGCUAUAGCAACAUUAUUCAACAUUCUGAAUACAACCCUUACACUCUUGCUAAUGAUAUCGCUUUGAUCAGAAUUCCUGAAGUUACAUAUACUGAUGAAAUUCAACCUAUUAGUUUGCCAGCUAUUUCUCACGAAUAUUCAACAUAUGUUAAUCAAUAUGCAGUCGCAUCCGGUUGGGGAAAAACCCAUGAUUCUAGUGUAGCUGUUGCAGAUAUAUUGAAUUAUGCUCAUCUUCUUGUAAUUGCUAAUGAUGUGUGCGCUCAAUAUUUUGGUAAUUCGCUUGUUACUGACAAAACAAUUUGUGUUGCAACGACUGGCGGUACUUCCACUUGCAGUGGUGAUUCUGGCGGUCCAUUAGCUGUGGACUCUACACUUGUUGGUGUAACAUCUUUUGUUGCUGUAACUGGUUGCCAAUCAGGACGUCCAUCUGGAUUUAUCCGUGUUACAAGUUACUUGGAAUGGAUCAGGUUCUACACCGGCAUAUCCUACUAAUUAAACCAAUUAAGAUUUAAAACUAAGUAUACAAUUUGUAAAAUUAUGGAUUUUAAAAUAUUCUAG